ACAGCUGCAGGUUUAUUUUAGAUCUCUGAGCCUGAGAGUAAGGAGACUUUUGUUUCCCUCACCGCCUCCGAGGCCAUAUACACCAUGAGGCUUGCUGCACCACGCCCUCUGUGCCACUCAGAUAUAAAACGGCAGGAUGUUUUUGUUCUUGGGUAGACAGGAACUGGAUGAUCCGAGCAGAGAUGCACUAGCUGCCAGCUGACCCCUGCAUGGCUGAGGAUGCUUCAAGGUACGCCGCUUGCCUCAGAGAACUGAUUUCCUCCUCUUUCUCUUUCCACCAGCAGUUUAAAAGAAAAUCUGAGCUUCUGUCCUACUUGCUUCUUUGCGUUGCCAAAAUGCCGUUCAUGCCACAAGUUUCGAUUACGCGCUCCGUGUCAGGACUGACCGGGAAGGAGAGGCCGGGCGAUGCAUCGUCCAGAAGCAGCGGAGACAGGGACAAGAUUACAAGAGAAGGCAAAGGAAGUUCGGUCAAGGAGAAGCUGGCUUUGAAUUUGAAGCAACUGGGAAGAAAGAGUCAGCCAAACAGUCGUCUGACCACAGCCAGAAGAGUUUCUUCAGGGGAGCUGCAGGCACACAAAAGGGAGCGACCGUUGCAGUCUUCUCAAACUGACAACUCCCUCACCUCAAGCUCAGGGGAGUCUCUUUCAAAGAUGGAGAAGCACAAACAUCGCCGAAACAGCGAGCGACACCAGCGUUCAGCUUCAAGAAACACUGCAGGCGGACUGGGUGCUUCUGGAAGCGCCGCUGAUUCUAGAAGGAGAAGACAGCAGUCGAUGCCUCAGAGGAACAGCAGAGCUGCCGGUAAGAGCAACCCAGAUGCCCCACUGGGAGACAUUAGCUCAAUUGUUAAAAUCUCCCUCCUGAAUGAGAAACACAAGUACGACGAUGUGGAGUACGAGGACGAGGAGGAUUCUGGUGUGGACGAGCGAGUCGUGCUGAAGUGCACCGAAUGGCUGCGUGGGUUGGAGAACACACCGGUGACGGUGGGGAAGAGCCUGAAGAGCACUGUGAGCAGUUUGAAAAGUUUCUAAAGGUGAAUCUAAAUAGUGGUCUUCAAAUCUAUAAAUAA